UCGAGUUUAUAGAGGAGAUCUGUGUUUUUAUUCUCUUUAGUUUACCGUUUCUUUUCUCCCUGUAAAAUCAGGUGAUGGACUCAGGUGAGGAGGAGGAGGAGGAGCCUGGCUGGGCAGUGAUGGAGACAGGUGUUGUGGGCGGAGCUGUGGAGGACAGUCAGAGGGUCAUCCUUCACUUUGACCUGGACUGUUUCUACGCUCAGGUGGAGAUGAUCAGAAACCCCGCCCUUCGGUCCAAACCUCUAGGAGUUCAGCAGAAGUACAUCAUCGUGACGUGUAACUACGUGGCGAGGGAGCGCGGCGUGACGAAGCUGAUGGGAGUGAAGGAGGCGCUGGAGAAAUGUCCUGAUCUGGUUCUGGUGAAGGGAGAGGACCUCACACACUACAGAGACAUCUCCUACAAGGUCACAGAGCUGCUGAUGUCGUUCUGCCCCCUGGUGGAGCGCCUGGGCUUUGAUGAGAACUUUGUGGACGUCUCAGAGAUGGUGGAGACCAGGAUGAAGGACACGAGUAUCUCAGAUCUCUCGUUCGUGGGUCACGUCUACGGACACGAGGCCUCGUCCGUGGGGGUGGGAGAUCACUCCAGGCUGGCGGUGGGAUCGGCGAUCGCGGCUGAACUGCGGGAGGCGCUGAGGAGCAGGCUGGGGUUGACCAGCUGCGCCGGCGUCGCCACCAGCAAACUCCUGGCCAAGCUGGUCUCCGGAGCCUUCAAACCCAACCAGCAGACCACGCUCCUCCCCCAGAGCAGCGCAGAGCUGAUGAACAGCCUGAGCGGACCCUGCAAAGUACCUGGGAUUGGCUACAGGACGGUGGAGAAGCUGAAGGUUCUGGGCGUGGUCAGUGUGAGGGAUCUGCAGCUGUUUCCUCUGAGGGAUUUGAUCCGUGAGUUUGGUGAAGUGAACGGCAGGCGGAUACAGAACCUUGCAUGCGGCGUUGACCUUUCACCUGUGACUCCUGCAGGACCUCCACAGUCUCUGAGUGAUGAAGACUCCUUUAAGAAGAUCUCCACAGUGAGGGAGGUGCAGAGUAAAGUGACUGAACUGCUGAACAGCCUGUGUGAGAGGAUGUGUAAGGAUGGCCGGUUGCCGCAGACUGUGAGACUGACGCUCAGACGAGCCUCAGCUCCGAGCCGCUGGUUCAGCCGAGAGAGCCGACAGUGUCCCAUACCCAAACACACCGCCCAGAAGAUCAUAACCGGCUGCGGGGAGGCGGUGCCUCAGCUGCUCUCUAUAGUGAUGAAGCUGUUCCACAAGCUGGUGAACGCUGGUGACCCGUUCCACCUGACCCUGCUGAACGUCUGCUUUAGUAACCUGCAGACCAAGAACUCCGGCAGGAACGCCAUCAGCUCCUUCUUCACACACACAACAACCAGUGCAGCUCACACACACGUACAGGAAACAGGUACAGAACUUGGUGUGUGUGAGGAAUCAUCCAGCAUCACUCAGGCAAAUCCAGCAUGUGGAACACAAAACACUGAGAGCACUAAAGAGCUUCUGAAGUGCCAAACAUCAACAGCAUCCUCCUCAGCAUCAUCUGCAUCACCAUCAUCAGCAUCCUCAUCAUUCUUCCAGAAUGCUCUGCUCCAGUCCAUCAGAAGCAAACCCUCCACAUCCCCCAGACAACCAGUUUCUAAACACUCAGGACCGAAAACUACAAGUUCUGGAAGGAGCAGUACUCUAGAAACACAGAAAUCUCCUAAGCUUCCUCCUCACGUCGACCCUGACGUCUUCCAGGCUCUUCCAGAACACAUCCAGAAGGAGCUAAUGGCUAGUUUUCAGACUGGAGAUGCACUUCCUGAAGAUUCUAUAGAAAACCCAAGUCCAGUAGCAGCCCCGGCCCGUGCUGAGCGCCCAGAACAGCAGACCCAGGCUCAUAUAAACCAGAAACAAACAUCUCAGCUCAGUCAGAUAUCCCUGAACCAGAGCCACCAAAUAGAGCAUAGUAAUAUUAAUGUAGCUCAGUCCCAAAAUCAUAACCUCUGUGACAGCAGUUCUACAGAAAGCGCUAUUAGCCUCCCUGAUGUUCCACCUAACGUAGACCCCCUGGUCUUCUCCCAGCUCCCCUCAGACAUGCAGAACGAGCUGCUGGCUGAGUGGAAGCAGCGCAAACCCACGCUUAAAAUCUCCUCCACCAAACCUGCGACCAAACAAUCAGCAUCCCGAGACCACAGACCCGCGGCCAGAGCAUCCCAGAACAACAGCCUGCUGAAGUAUUUCAAACCCAACUGAGAGAAUUUUUGCUAUUUAUAGGUAAAUAUUUGAGUAAAAUGAACAUUGUUGUUUUAUUCUAUAAACUACAGACAACAUUUCUCUCCAAAUUCCAAAUUAAAAUAUUUUAGUCAUUUAGAGCAUUUAUUUACAGAAAAUGAGAAAUGGCUGAAAUAACAAAAAAGAUGCAGAACUUUCAGACCUGAAAUAAUGCAAAGACAACAAGUUCAUAUUCAUAAAGUUUUAAGAGUUCAGAAAUAAUCAAUAUUUGGUGGAAUAACCCUGGUUUAUGUUCUCCUCCACCAGUCUUACACACUGCUUUUGGAUAACUUUAUGCUGCUUUACUCCUGGUGCAAAAAUUCAAGCAGUUCAGUUUGGUUUGAUGGCUUGUGAUCAUCCAUCUUCCAUCACUCGUAGAUUAAAGCUGAAGCUGAGUCCCAGCUGCUCCAUAAAUGCUGGAUUGGUGAUAAAUCUGGAGAUCUGCAGGACGAGGAAGUGCUGUAAUCUGGUGGAGACUGUGUUCCUGGGAAACAUUCUACAGCACUUAUUAUACACAGAUCAGCCAUACGUUAAAACCACUGCAGGGAAAAAGGGACAAUGUGACUGAUGUGGCUGGUUUGCAUAUAUAAAUAGUUUAUUCAUGUUGCCAAAUGUUUUUUUUUUUUUUAUAAAAAAAAAUAUUUUAUUAAAAAUAUUUAUCUAAUAAAAUGGGCCUUUUUGUUGAUUUUUGGA